AUGGGCUCCUUGAUGACGCCCCCUACGGGGAAAACGACGCUCUCGGACGCCGUCGCCAUCGCCGCCAGCAAGAACACCGGCAAGACUUUCGCCCGGAGAAUCCCAUCCACUACAUGCACUCAGCCCUGGAAUCCGGAGCCGCAGCCGUGGAGGCCCUCCCGGGCGCAACGCCGCUGCAGUGCCACUUCCAGCCGCGGCCAACUCCCGAACGCAGCCACCAACCAGCCGCACCUCCCCGCGCGGCCACGCCGCCUCCGCCGCACGUCGCACGUGGUCACCGCCUCAUCAUCACACGCGUCGCAGCCACCGCAGCUGCCGCGGCGCGCCGAGCUCGAGAGGGCCAAGCCACCGCGUCGCACGCCACGGCCACGGCCGCAGGGGACAGCUUCAGGCCGCCCCCGCCACCACCUCGCCACCAGCAUCAGGGGACAGCAGCAGGCCACCGGCGGCCCCACCGUCGCCGCCACCACGCGGCCGCCGAGCCAGCAGUAG